AUGGGGCUGGAGAUCCCUAAAAUGAGGAUGGACAUCCCCAAAAUGGGGCUGGAGACCCCUAAAAUGAGGAUGGACACCCCCAAAAUGAGGCUGGAGACCCCUAAAAUGAGGAUGGACACUCCCAAAAUGGGGAUGGAGACCCCUAAAAUGAGGACAGACGCCCCCAAAACGGGGCCAGAGACCCCUAAAAUGUGGCUGGAGACUCCCCCCAAACUGGACCCACCUCACCCCUCCCCAUCUCCUUCCCACUCCCCCACCCGCCAUGACCCCCCUCCCGACUACUCCUACAACUCCUCCUGGGACGACUCCUCCAUCUACGAGCUGGACGCGCCGUCGGUGCCGCUGGGGCUGCGCCUGGUGCUGGCCCUCUACGCCCUCAUCUUCGUGCUGGGCGUGCUGGGCAACGGCGCCGUGCUCUGGGUGACGGCGCUGGAGCUGCGCCGCACCGUCAACGGCGUCUGGUUCCUCAACCUGGCGCUGGCCGACCUGCUGUGCUGCCUGGCCCUGCCCUUCCUGGCGCUGCCGCUGGCCCUCGACCACCACUGGCCCCUGGGGGGGUUCUGCUGCCGGGCGCUGCCGUCGCUCACCGUGCUCAACAUGUUCGCCAGCGUGCUGCUGCUCACGGCGCUCAGCGCCGACCGCUGCGCCCUCGUCACUCACCCCGUGUGGUGCCACAACCACCGCACGCCCGCCCUGGCGCGGGGGGCCUGCGCCGGAGCCUGGGGGGCGGCCGCGCUGCUCACGCUGCCCUCCUUCGUCUUCAGGACCGCCCGGCGCGACCCCUUCUCGGCCAAGACCACCUGCGUGCUGGACUACUCGUGGCUGGGCCCCCACGGGCGCCGGGCCGAGGUGGGCACGGCGGUGCUAAGGCUGCUGUGCGGCUUCGCCGGGCCCCUGGUCGUCAUCUCGGCCUGCUACGGCCGCCUCCUGCUGCGCCUGCGGUCCCGGGGGGGCCCGCGGCGGCCUCGCCGCGCCACGGCCACGGUGCUGGCGGUGGUGGGCGCCUUCUUCGCCUGCUGGCUGCCCUACCACGCGCUGGGCCUGGUGCUGGCGGCGGCGCCGGCGGGCAGCGCGGCCUUCCAGGCGGCCAGGGACGCGGACCCGCUGGUGGCGGGGCUGGCCUACGUCAACAGCUGCCUCAACCCCAUCAUCUACGCCGCCGCGGGCAGGGGGUUCCGCCGCCGCGCCCGCCGCUCCUGGAGGGGCGUCCUCAGGGCCGUGCUGGGGGAUGAGACCCCCACGGGGGACGGGAACAGCAGGAGCAAGAGCGGCACCACCACGGUGGAGGAGCAGAGCGUGGGCACCGACGUGUGA